AUGCACGAGAGUGAUGGAGAACUUUUUGAUGUCAAGUUCUUAUCUUCAACCCAACCUUUGAAAACAAGUGUUUUUAAACAAGAAGGUCCAGAACCUGCACUUAUUCUAGAGGGAACAAACGAAGCUAAUAUUCAAAGGGGACAAAAGGAAUCGACUAAGCCGGGAGGCAGCAACAUGCAAGGACAACCAGGGCAUCCUAACCAGCCAGGAGAACCAGGGGAUUCCAAUCAGCCUGGGAGUCUGCAAGGGAAUUCAGGAGGAUCUAAUGAGGAAGGGAAUCCAGAGGCUUCUAAUGAGCAAGGGAAGCCAGGAUCUUCUGGACACAAAGGAAAACCUGGAUCUUCUGGCCAGCAAGGGAAGCCAGGAUCUUCUGGCCACCAAGGAAAACCAGGAUCUUCUGGCCAGCAAGGAAAACCAGGAUCUUCUGGCCAGCAAGGGAAGCCAGGAUCUUCUGGCCACCAAGGAAAACCAGGAUCUUCUGGCCAGCAAGGAAAACCAGGAUCUUCUGGCCAGCAAGGGAAGCCAGGAUCUUCUGGCCACCAAGGAAAACCAGGAUCUUCUGGCCAGCAAGGGCAGCCAGAAUCUUCUGGCCAGCAAGGGAAACCAGGAUCUUUUGGCCACCAAGGAAAACCAGGAUCUUCUGGCCAGCAAGGAAAACCAGGAUCUUCUGGCCAGCAAGGGAAGCCAGGAUCUUUUGGCCACCAAGGAAAACCAGGAUCUUCUGGCCAGCAAGGAAAACCAGGAUCUUCUGGCCAGCAAGGGAAACCAGGAUCUUUUGGCCACCAAGGAAAACCAGGAUCUUCUGGCCAGCAAGGAAAACCAGGAUCUUCUGGCCAGCAAGGGAAACCAGGAUCUUUUGGCCACCAAGGAAAACCAGGAUCUUCUGGCCAGCAAGGAAAACCAGGAUCUUCUGGCCAGCAAGGGAAGCCAGGAUCUUUUGGCCAGCAAGGGAAACCAGGAUCUUCUGGCCAGCAAGGAAAACCAGGAUCUUCUGGCCAGCAAGGAAAACCAGGAUCUUCUGGCCAGCAAGGGAAGCCAGGAUCUUUUGGCCAGCAAGGGAAACCAGGAUCUUCUGGCCAGCAAGGAAAACCAGGAUCUUCUGGCCAGCAAGGAAAACCAGGAUCUUCUGGCCAGCAAGGAAAACCAGGAUCUUCUGGCCAGCAAGGAAAACCAGGAUCUUCUUGCCAGCAAGGAAAACCUGGAUCUUCUUGCCAGCAAGGGAAGCCAGGAUCUUCUGGCCACCAAGGGAAGCCAGGAUCUUCUGGCCACCAAGGAAAACCAGGACUGUCUAGGCAACAACAGAGAUCAAGACCUUUUUACACUCAACAAGAAAGAAAAAGUGUAGACAACCUUUUGAAUCACAAUCUAAAAGAGAUUCAGACUGGCAGUACCAGCAACGAGAAUCCAACUGGACAAACAAACUGUCAAUCUGCCUACCAACCCAUCUGUGGCUCUGAUGGGAAGGCCUGUGGUGACCACUGCCUCUUUAAUGAGGCAAAAAGUUAG